AUGAUCCUUGGUCCUAUAAGCCUCGUUGACUGUGGAGUAUUUCUCAUAUUUCUUGCACCUCAACUAAUAUGGCACGCUGGAUUCUUUCUGACACUAUUCACGGGUCUCAGGGCCCUACCGUUUCUCCUGAUUCGACUUCCUUAUGAGUUCAUCACUGACCGUUAUCUGACUCAUUCAACUCGCCAACUUGCGUUUACUCAGACAGCUACUGUGUUUGAGGAUCUUGUGAUACGUUGUGUGCGCUAUGCCUUCGCCAAUAUCCCCGCCAAGGUUGGACGAGUCUUCUUCGGCAAACAUGUUGCGUUACCAUUUAUUCACUGGCGCAUGCUUCGCCAUGGCUAUAUCAGAUCUCCAGUUCACUACAGGGAAUACAACAUAGGAAAAGGAGAUAUCAAAAUAAAGGGCACCUGGAUUAUGCAUCAACCGGAACAUCCUCCAGAUUUUGUCCUUUACUAUGUACACGGUGGUGGGUUCUUGAUGGGCUCAAGUUACUUUUACCUCGAAUUCCUCAUGGCCUGGCAUCACCUCCUUGUUGAGGCUGGAUUUAAUAACCCUGCAAUAUUUGCACUCGAGUACACAUUGGUGCCUGAUCAAGUUUACCCAAGGCAAGUCCUGGAGGCACUUGAAGGUUACAAGCAUGUCCUUGAAGUCGUGCAAGACGCAUCCAAGAUCUGCGUUUCGGGAGAUUCGGCUGGUGGCUCGUUGAUUCUCAGCUUGUUGCUCGAGUUGGGCGCUCAGGCUGGCAAUCAAGAUAAGAAGGGCAUGAAGGUCAACGUCCGGGGCGGCCUCUCAGAUGCGGAUCCACCUCAUCUGCCUCUCCCGCGUAUGGCUACCCUAAUUUCGCCGUGGAUAACACUAAUGUCCAACUUACACUACAGCUCCAAAAGUGAUUUCUUGGACAAGAGAACCUUGUGGAAAUAUGCACACGAGUACGCAGGAGAGAACAUGGUCCAACAGCAACCGGCUUCUCCUGGUAACUGCGUCGAUGAGGGGCUCUGGAGAGCAGCCAGCCCCGAACGAGGAUACUUCAUCGUCUUUGGAGAAGAGGAAGUAUUCGCGCCGGAUAUUGAAGAAUUUCUCAAGCGACAAGCCAAGAUUGGGAUUCAAGCUGAAGGGCAGAAAUUCGACGGAGGAAUUCAUGCGUGGCCAGUAGCCUCACUAUUCCUAUCCAGUACAGAGGAUAAGAGGCUGCAAGGACUUCGAACUGCUGUCAAGGAGAUUAGAAGACGAAUGCUUGAAUGGGGUACGCUGAAUGGGGACAAAGUAUAGAAUCAGAUUAGAUCAAGUAAGAUUUCAUAGACGAGGCCUGUAGGUGGUGAAUCAGGAACCAUAGUACAAAACUCGGUUUCGUCCUCACCAGGCCUGCUCAGGGAUAAAAGCUCAACGUGUAUCAUCACUAGGAUGCAGAGGCAGAAGAGGAUAUGCAUGUAGAAAAUUGUGGAGCUCACUUGGUAGAGAUUGAUA